UGUUGAACUGUUGACACUCGUCUUCAUAGUCCACUAAUUAUACUCUCCCACCCAUAAACCCCUUUCACUUUUCUCUCUCCUCUCGUCUCUUUUCUUUUUUUCCCAACUCUCUUUCUCUCUCCUCCAAAACAGUUAAGCAACAAACCCUUCAACAAUGGCAGAAUCCACAAAAUACCAAUUAGUCCCAAAUAAUAACAACAUUACUACAGAUUUCAAAGGCUAUUUUUCUCUCUUCAAAACCAGAAAAACCUCUGCUUUUGUUUAUGGAGUUGUCUUUGUUUUCAUUGCUUUUACUGUUUUCUUAGCCUUUUCUCCUUCUUCAACCAAUACUUCUUCUUCUACUUGGUUCUUCAAUUAUUUUACUCUUAAUUCUACUUCUCCUCCUAAUUUUACUGAUCAAUCUCCCAGAUCUGAUUUUCCCUCUAAUUUCUCUACUGAAAUUAAUUCUUCUAGAUCUCAAAAUUUUGAUUCAUUUCAAUCACCCUUUUCAAAUUUUACAGAUAAUUUGACAGAUACCCAAGUUCCUCCUGAUAAAGUUCAAAACUUUAACCCUAAUUAUACUGAUAUUAUUCCCCAAAAUACCACAAAUUUGCCUCAAAUCUCCCCUGAAAUCUCUCCAAUUUUACCAAAACAAGAUGAAAAAAUAAACCCCAGUAAUAAUACAGAUUACCCCGAAAAGCAGACUAAUCAGAGUAGUGUAAUUCUUCCUCAAAUCUCACCAAAAAUUUCUCCUGUUUCUGAAAAGCAGAGGAAUCAGAGUACUAGUGUAGUAGUAUCUCCCCCUCAAAUCCCUCCCAUUACACCGAAUUCGAGUAUCGAAACGAUAACGAAUUCGACGAGUGCGAAAGGAAGUGGGGAAGAAGUGAAAGAUUUCCCAACUUCAUUGCCAAAGAAAGAGGAUAAUAAUAGUAACAGCAGCAAUCACAAUGAAAACGGUGUCGUUUCAGGGGAAGUUCAUGAACAGGGGAAUGAAAAGAAGAGUUUGGUUGCAUCAUUAAUUGGUUGUGAUUUGUAUGAUGGUGGAUGGGUUAGAGAUGAAUCAUACCCGCUUUAUAAACCCGGAUCAUGUAAACUAAUUGAUGAACAAUUUAAUUGUUUUCUUAAUGGUAGACCUGAUAAUGACUAUCAAAAGCUUAAAUGGAAGCCUAAAGGUUGCACAUUGCCUAGAUUGGAUGGAAGGAAAAUGUUGAAGUUAUUGAGGGGAAAGCGACUAGUUUUUGUUGGAGAUUCGCUGAAUCGAAAUAUGUGGGAAUCCUUGGUUUGCAUUCUUAAGAACUCCGCCAAAAAUCCGAAGAACGUUUAUGAAGCUUCUGGCAGGCAUUAUUUUCGGAAUGAAGCUUCUUACACUUUUGUAUUCAAAGAUUAUAAUUGUACCGUAGAGUUCUUUGUAGCUCCUUUCUUAGUCCAAGAAUGGGAGUUCAAAGACAAGAAUGGAACAACCAAGGAAACUCUUCGACUUGAUCUCGUGGUCAAUGACUCCAAACACUUCAAGAGUGCAGACAUUGUAAUUUUUAAUACCGGGCAUUGGUGGACGCAUGAGAAGACAUCAAAGGGGGAAGAUUAUUACCAAGAAGGCAGCAACGUCUACAAACAAUUGGAUGUUCAGGAGGCGUUUCGAAAAGCUAUAACAACUUGGGGUAGAUGGGUUGACAACAAUGUUGAUCCCCAAAAGACGCAUGUCUUCUUCCGCGGCUAUUCCAGUACACAUUUCAGAGGUGGGCAAUGGAAUUCUGGGGGGCAAUGUGACAGCGAGACCGAACCCAUUACAAAUGACAAUUACCUAGAGAAAUACCCAUGGAAAAUGAAAGUUUUUGAGACGGUAAUGAGGGGCAUGAAAACCCCUAUUUCCUACCUAAAUAUCACAAAAUUGACAGAUUAUAGGAAAGAUGCACACCCAUCAGUCUACCGGAAGCAACGUCUCUCCACUGAAGAGAAGAAAACGCCAUUGAAAUUUCAAGAUUGCAGUCAUUGGUGCCUUCCAGGAGUUCCUGACUCAUGGAACGAGCUUCUCUUCGCGGAAAUGGUAAGAAGGCAAUACCAAGAACAACAAAAGAACAGAACGUAAGGCAGUACAACACAAACCUGCUUACAUUUUCGUCCCUUCAGGCACCACAACUUAGUUACACAAACGUUAAAUCCAAGAGUUUUGCCUGUGCUUAUUUCAAACUCAGGUGAAUACUUUCAUUUUUUUAAACCUGUUUCGAUAAAUAAAUUAUCUAUGAAAUACAAAGAUGAGAGAAGUAAAUAGGUCCCCUUGUACUACUAGCUCUUUGUUAGGGAAAUUGCUAUAUUCACUCUCAAAAACAUCUUUUACACUCGCUUUGUAAAAUUCACAAUUGUGUUCGCGCUAGGUGGUGUGUUAGAAGGGAUUUUGGGAGUGGACAUAGAAAUUCCCUUUAUGAAAGUAUUUGGCUGAUUUGUGUCGGUGAUUUAAAAGAUGAAGUUGGCAAUUUUGGUGACGUUGACUAAUCGUGUAAUUUAUUGUUAUCUCCAAAAGCAUAGAAUAUACAUCUGUACAUUAUGAUUAUUUUAGUUUGUUCACUACUAAUAAACUGUUUCAAGUGUAGUAUUUUUCUUCA